ACGAAGCGGAAGACUUUUCAUGUCCCGCCUUCUCCCUUUCCACCACGCCACCCCCGCGGCUUUUGGGUGUUAUAACAAUUGUGAGCGUAGAUCGCAGCCUGCACUACAGAGGCUGGAAAAAGGGGUGCAGGAUGCCCAGCUUGAAAUAAAGAUGGAGGAGGAGGAGGAGGAUGCCACUGUGCUUGGAUCAGCAGAGAGGUCAGAGGCAGGAGAAAGGGCCUGCUGUGAGGUCCAGGUUGGCACCAUUUGCAAAUUUCUAACUGGGGCAGACCCACAAGAAGAUCAACAAGAACCAAUCAGUGGGCUUCUUGGCCGGUGCUGGCCACCACAGUGGCAGGAAUUCACGAUGCCAGUCAAGUCCCAUCAUCCUAGAUGGAGACACUCACCAGUGGCUGCUCACCCACAGGGUGGCAAUGCUGAGAGCAUAAAGGCCCCCUUCAAGAGAUUGUCUGAUGCCAGCCAGCAGCCUGGAAGGGAAAAGGUGGCCCACACUUUGCCAGGAGGGCUCAGCAGAGAAUCCCAAGAGGUCUACUGCAACUCGGACCUGUCUGGGAAAGUAAAGGGAGAGACUGUAGCCAGAGACACUGGCAAUGUGAGAAGGCAGCUUGAGGGCUUUGGGGUAUUUGGCUACCGGGAUGCUGAAGAUCAACAGAAGGUACGAGAGCUGUUGGCAGAGGCAACUGUGAAGAUCCAGCCCUACAUGGAGGGUGAGGGAGAUGCCAGCUUGCAGGCAGGCGAUGAAAAAGUGAGAGAGAAUGAAGAGAAUCUUCAGGUGGAGAGACCUGAGCAUGUGGGAUUCAAUGGGGAAUGGAAUAUGGAUCAGUUUCCUGAGAUACCUGUGACUCGGCAGGAAAAUGAUCCUGGAGAAAUAGAUAAAGACUGUGCAAGAGGCAUCUGCAAGAGCUUAGACCACCUGAAUUAUCAGAAAGUUGACUUGGAGGACAAGUCCUACAAAUGCUCUUUUUGUGGGGAAAGCUUCAAGCAGCGAUCCUACCUUGUCAGGCAUGAGAGGACCCACACAGGUGAAAAACCAUACAAAUGUUCAGUGUGCAGUAAGAGCUUCAGCCAGAGAUCCCACAUCAUCACACAUGAGAGAACCCAUACAGGAGAGAAACCUUACAGGUGCUCGGAUUGCGGGAAAAGCUUCAAUCGCAGAGCAAAUCUUAUGGCACAUGAGAGAACCCACACAGGGGAGAAACCAUAUGCUUGUUUGGACUGUGGCAAAUGUUUCAGCCAGAGCUCAUGGCUGAUGGCACAUAAAAUAAUACAUACCGGCGAGAAGCCUUAUAAGUGUUUGGACUGUGGGAAGUGCUUCAAUCACAGGUCGAGCCUCAUUAAACACGAGAGAUCCCAUUCAGAAGAGAAGCCGUACACUUGCUCAGACUGUGGGAAGUCCUUUAAUGAGAGCUCCAAACUUAUCAAACACCAAAGAAUCCACACGGGAGAGAAGCCAUACAAGUGCCCCCAGUGUGGGAAAAGCUUCUGUUUCAGGUCCAGCCUGAGCCAACACGAGAGGACGCACACAGGGGAGAAGCCGUACGAAUGCUGCGACUGCGGGAAAAGCUUCCGUCAGAAGUCGCACCUGAUCAGGCACGAGAGGAUGCACACUGGAGAGAAGCCCUACAAUUGUCCGGACUGCCGGAAAAGCUUCAGCCGGAGUUCGGCCCUGAUAGAGCACAAGAGGAUCCAUACGGGGGAGAAGCCGUACAAAUGCUUGCACUGUGGGAAGAGUUUCAACCAGCGGUCCUACAGCAUUAUCCACGAGAGAAGCCAUACGGGGGAAAAACCAUACAAGUGCUUAGACUGUGGCAAAAGCUUCAAUCAGCGGUCACAUCUUGUGAUACAUGAGAGGACCCAUGCAGGCGAGAAAUAGUGAAACCGCCCAUCACCCUGGAAACCUGUUCAGUGCUCUGAGCUUUCAUGGAAUCGUGACUCUGAUACAAGAGAGGCACAGUAUGAAUCGGAGAUGAGGAACCAUUCCCUUCUGGGCAAGCUUCCAAGGGUCACAUGUCAAUAGUGGGCAGGGCCAGAGGCAAAAGUGGGCAAAGCAACAAAUGUUCAUUUUACCUUUGUAUACUAGUUUCUACACACACUCACAGACCCCUCUCUCUAUCCUCCAUCCAGGCAUUAGCAGAAUUCAAUGGCACAUUUCAGCCAAGCAAAAACACACAAGGAGAGUGUGAAGCAGGGCCAGUGAGGUGUGUGGCUUGAGGAGAAUUCUGAGGGCCAGAUAGAUUUGGAGGGCCAUGUUUCGUCCUCCCCAGACUUGGAAGUUCCCCACCCCGAAAUAAACAUACAGUAUGGAAAAAUAAAAUCUGAGAUCUUUCUGUUGAGUCUAGACAGACAUUCCAGCAUCUUCUAGGCCUCUGCUCAGCAGAAAGCGUAUUUUGAACUUAGCUAGGGGUGGAACAUCAGCAACUUUGGCUCCAUCAUCAUUAUGUGCUUAUUUGUAUGCCGCUUUUCCAUAAGUUUGAGCCCAAAGCAGUAUACAACAUAUCAAAUGCACAGCAGGAAAUAUAACUGUUAUUUAAAAUUAAUAACCAUGAUGUAAAUGGAUAGUAAAAAAAAUUAUGAAUCCAUACAACUUUAUAUAAAAAUAAACCUCCCCAGUCCAAAAGUGAGAUUGGGGCUAUUGCCCUCUUGUUCCGCUUGCAGACUCCCUACAGACAUCUGGUGGGCCACUGAUGGAAACAGAACGUUGGGCUAGAUGGGCAUUUGGUCUGAUCCAGCAGGGCUCUUUUUGUGUUUGUAGCUUAAACAACAGAGAGAAUAAAUCUUAAAAUACACCAUGGACAAGGUCAAUUGAUCUCCCUUUCACCAAGGCAAGAUGGACUUCACCGUAGUAACUUGCCCAUAUUAUCAGCCUUCCUCCCAGCUCCCAUUGGGGCCUCCUCACCAUCUCUCGCCUGGGCAGGUAGAGAUUACCACUA